UAUAAAAGCCCUCUCCCUUCCACAGUCCUCCAUCAAUUCCAUCACUUGCCUUCUCUUGCCUUCUACUCCUCUGAGGAACCGGCUCACUCCCAUCACUCAACAGAAUGGCCAACUGUGGACCUUUCAGCGCUGUCCCAUCCUAUGAAGCCUCUCCAGUCAUUGGCUUUGGAUCCGGAGGCUCCAGAGGCAUUAACAGAGGCUAUGGCUCUCGCUCUGGCUAUGGCUCUAGCUUGGGCUUGGGCUUUGGCUCUGGCUCUGGCUUAGGUUCUGGCUACGGCCUUGGGGGCAACGUUGCAGACGCAGCCAGUUUGGGAGUCCUCUCCGGAGUGCAGCCAUCUUGCAUCAACCAACUCCCCCCAUCAGAGAUUGUGAUCGACCCAGUCCCAUUUGUGGUCACCGUCCCAGGCCCCAUCAUCGUUGCCACCCCCGAGCCUAUUGAAGUUGGAGGAUAUGCCCCAUGUGCUGUUGGUGGCGUCGGCAUCAGUGGGUUUGGUAGUGGAUUAGGUAGUGGAUUAGGUAGUGGAUUAGGUAAUGGAUUAGGUAGUGGAUACUAUGGUGGUCUCCUUGGUGGUCGUCUUAGAAACCGUUCCGGAUUCCUGGGAGGAAGAGGCAACAACUGUGGUCCCUGCUCGUAAGUUCUCAUGGACUUUUGGUGCAAGGAAAAGGAACAACGGAACAUCUCACAAUGGAACACUCUGGUCUGGAUUAACUGAGCCGAGAACCCCCUUCCUGGAUUAAAUCUAUGGGAAUUUAGGGAGUGCUUGACAUCACUAGGCCUAACUAUCUGUUUCAGAUCCCUCUCUAUUGCCUCUAUUUAUGUUCUUCUCUGCAUUUCCCUACAACCCUUCUGCUAAACAACUAGAAGAGCAAAGUUUCGUUCAACCCCUUGUGUGAAUGUAGUGUUGCACGGGUAAAUUGGAGUUGCACAAAAACUACCCAAGCAAUGUAUAUUAACACAGAUCCACCUCACCUGUUGCCAAUGUAAUAACUGCAACCUCAUGAGUAAUGUGUUCUUUUGGAUUUGUCUACUUCCAUUCUUCAAUAAAUAUGACUCUGCAUGAUAA